UGUUUGAGUUUCUGCUUCGCUUUUUCAUUCUAUUUACCCAAGCGUCUACCAUACUUAUAAAUAAAUAAAAACCAAAAAGAAGAAAAGCGGUGAAAACGGAAAUGGCCGUGCUUCAUUCAUAAACCAAACUCUUGGGUCGUCGUCGAGUCAGUGGCUCCUUUGCUUACUUACUCGGUGGUGGUCCCUCGACCGGUCGAUUGGUGAUCAACGAAACACAAAAAUAAAAAACCAAAAAAUAAAAGAAAAACAAAAAAAAAAAAACAUCAAGGCUACUUGAAAAACCUCGCAUUCAGUAUGCCGGAAGAGAAGGAGAAAUCUAGUAAUAAUCUUGAAAAUGGUCAGGCCACGUCCACAGCUCCGGCUACCGCUUCGCCGACAGCAACCGGCAAAUUGAAGCAUCAACGCCAAAAGACGCCCACACGACGGCGUCCUCAUGAUGAUGAGGUCGUUGCUGGAGGUGUUGGCAUCACCGGCGGCGGUGUGGUUAUCCUACCGCAGCAUGUACUCAACGAAUUGUAUCACAACUAUUCCAUUAAACAGCGACGUAGCGGUCUCAAGUGGUUCCUUUUUGCGGCCAUUCUAUUUAAUUUGUGGACCAUUUGUAUACCAUGGGAACAGGCAGUGCCAACAAGAGUGGUCAACUGUUGCAUGCUGGUAGCAUAUUUGGCUUUAACCGCUCUCCUGCAUAUUGGACGUCGUUCGGAACAGCCAUCGAUGCGUAGUUUACACCAGGCAAUGUUAACAAUAAUACCGAAAGCUCUCUGGUUCCUGGCAAUGUUGCAUUUUGCCGCUUACGUAAUGCUGCAAGCCAGUUUCUCACCGCGUGAUGUUCUCGGUUGGGCCAUAUUGCUUAACUUUUUAAUCUAUGUAACAUUACCCUUGCCAUUGAUUUUCCUUGGCCUAGUGGUUGGCUUUUGUACGUACUUCAAUUGUUUAAGUGUUCCUGUGGCUUUCUCUCGACCCGAUCCACUUAUAUCUGAUCAGGCAGCCGCUAAUGCUGUUUUGAUAGCCACUGGAGCUGUAAUUGGUUUGCUUUAUUAUUUUAUGGGCGAAGCCAAGCAGAAAAGGGCAUUUUUAGAGGCCAAGAAAAGUCUAGAGGUUAAGAUGGUAAUCGAGGAGCAAUCGGCUGAACAGGAACGCCUGCUGUUAUCCGUACUACCAAAACAUGUGGCUAUCAAGAUGCGUGAAGAUUUGGGCUCUUCCACUUCAGAGGCAUUCAAAAAGAUUUACAUGAGUCGACACGAAAACGUUAGCAUACUUUAUGCGGAUAUUGUUGGCUUUACUGCCAUCUCCUCAACAUAUAGCGCCCAAGAUCUGGUUAAAAUGCUUAACGAGCUCUUCGCACGCUUCGAUAGGCUUGCCGAGAAAUACCAACAACUACGUAUUAAAAUUCUUGGUGAUUGCUAUUAUUGCAUUAGCGGUGCCCCGGAUGAGCGUCCGGAUCAUGCCGUGAUGUGUGUACACAUGGGACUUUCUAUGGUUAAGGCCAUCAAGUAUGUGCAACAAAAGGCAAACUCACCUGUUGAUAUGCGUGUGGGCAUCCACACCGGGGCUGUCUUGGCUGGCAUUCUUGGCCAACGUCAGUGGCAAUUUGACGUUUACUCCAAGGACGUUGAGCUGGCCAAUAAAAUGGAAUCGAGCGGCAAGGCUGGACGCGUUCACAUUUCGGACAAAACCUUGGCCUUUCUCAAUGGUGAAUUCGAAGUGGAACCAGCAUUUGGUGAGAAACGUGAGGAACUGUUACGAAUUGCCGGAUUAAAGACAUUUUUUAUAACCAAAGUGGUUAAGCCGUUCGCUUCGCCGUGUGCCAAGAAAAUCAAUGAAACUCAGAGAGAAAAUUCGCAUAAUGGUUCGAAUGGUUCAACUGGCGGUGGAUUAGCUACAACUGAUGAUAAUGAGGCUACCUUAGAUGAUGAGGAACUAUUGGCAGAGAGCGCCACAACCAAUGGACAACAUCUUACACCCGAAGCGGAAGAUGAAGAGGAACAGGUUAAAUUGGAGAAUUUCAAGCAACGAUUGAAAGACGAACUAGUCACUAGAGAUGGACAUGAAAAUCUAACCAAGGACACAAAUAUAUUUUUACGUUUUAAGAAUCCUCAAUUGGAACAGGCCUAUGCCAUUUAUCGGGAGCCAUAUAGUUCUCUGCCAUUAUUGGCUGCUUUGUUGGUUCAAUGCAUUGAUGUUCUAUAUUCGUAUUUGGUUUUGCCUCGAUCCACAUUGCAUUUUAUUAAUAUAGCCGCUCCUUUGGUACCCAUUGCCAUGCUGGUGGUGAUUAGCAUAGCGGAGAGCUUUAGCGGGAUGUUGCCAAAGUUCUUUGUCGAUGUUAGUAAACGAUUCAAUGACAUUACCUUCGUGCGUGAACUGGCUGCCAUAAUUAUAGCCCUUACCAUUGGCCUUAGCAAUGUCAUCGACAUGUUCUUUUUUGUCACCUUCCUGCGCACAGAGCAUAUUGUUAGCGAAAGUGAAUUCAAUGCCACGGCCAGUGAGGUUAUAAUGGUCGAGGAUGGUGGUCAGAUAUUGGAAGAGGAGAUGGCAACUGCUGAACACCUGCUACCGGAAUCAUUUGUCGAACAAAUGCGCGAUGCAGUGCCCACAGAGCGUGACCUUUAUCCGUCCUAUUUGAGUAAUUUUGGUGUCUUAAUAUUAAUUGCAAUUGCCGUGAUUGCCCAGCUCACGCACCUAACAAAAAUACUAUUGCUAUUGUCUAUAGCAGCUCUGCAUUGCUAUUUCAACAUAUUUAUUAUGCAGGAUUUGUAUGCCCUUGAAGAUGAUCUGGCACAUCAACCCAUCAUAUCCACUCGUUAUUGCGCCUCGGGUCUACUUUUGGUGGCCGCCUUGGCUCUUAGCACUUUGGCACGACAUAUGGAUCACGAGGAUCGUGUGAUUUUCAAGUGGAAAACAGAAGUGGCCGAACAGAAGGAAACCGCCAACGAUAUGCGUCAACGUAACGAGGCUUUGGUCUAUAAUGUAUUGCCAGUUCAUGUGGCUGAACACUUUAUGAAGAACACAAAACGAUCCCAUGACGAUUUAUAUUCCCAAAGUUAUGCAGAAGUUGGCGUCUUAUUUGCCAGUAUGCCAAAUUUUUCAGAUUUUUAUUCAGAGGAAACCGUCAACAAUCAGGGUUUAGAGUGUUUACGUUUUCUUAAUGAAGUCAUCUCGGAUUUUGAUGCGUUACUCGAGUUGCCACAAUUUCAGGAUAUAAUAAAAAUCAAGACCAUUGGCUCUACAUAUAUGGCCGCCAGUGGCAUUAAUUUGCAACGAAAUCUACGUACGGAUGCCCCAAUUACUGAACGUUGGUCCCAUUUGGCUGUAUUGGUGGAAUUCGCUUUGGAACUGAAACAUGCAUUGCAGAAUAUCAAUGAGCAAUCGUUUAAUCAUUUAGUACUUAAAAUGGGCAUCAAUCACGGCCCCAUAACGGCCGGAGUAAUUGGUGCCAGGAAGCCGCACUAUGACAUUUGGGGCAACACGGUGAAUGUUUCAUCUCGCAUGGAGAGCACUGGCAAGGCAGGUGCCAUACAGGUGACCGAAGAGACUUGCAAUAUCCUACAGCAAUUUGGUUAUACGUUUCUGCAACGCGGCCUUGUGGCCGUUAAGGGCAAGGGUCAGCUAAUGACAUACUAUUUGCAGGGCAAAUCACAAUCGAAUCCAGAUCCUGCUGCCUCUGUGGAGUUGCAUGCCGAGACAACAGAAACGCCACUGGAGUUAACCACAGAGCUUGAGGUCGAUAUAAAGACGCCGCUGUUGAAACUAAAGAAUCCCGAUUCUGCACCAACGGAUGCUUCUGCCCCAGAAUCAUCGGUGGGCAAUGGCAAUGUUGCCGAAUCUCAAUCAUUGUUAGAGUAAAUUAAUUAAUUCCAAAUGGUCAUCUAAACAAUGAAUGUGAAACAAAGUUAACUGUUAUACAACAAGAACAAGUGAGCAUUAUACGAAAAAGAAGAAGAAGAGAAACUGUUAUACUUGCUAUAAAUUUGGU